GUUUAAAAAUAGCCAGAAUCAUCUCUCUUUCAGCAUAUCACGCCGCCCACUACAGCCCACAACCAUCGAGACUCCGGCUAUCUGUUUUUCCCCAAGCUAUUUCAGUAAAAUUUAUCGCAUUUGAACUGAAGAAUCAAAUCCAAGCUUUCUUUCACUAUCCUUGGGCUAAAACAAAGAGAUGGGUAUGGAGGCAAACGGAGUAGAGCAGACCUCUACAGAAACAAUGCAGGAGAACGUUGAGGAACUGCUUGAGGCUGCACGAUAUGAUGAUAUCGAUGAUCUAAUAAGAUUGGCAUCUACUGGUGUCUCUCUUGAUUCAAAGGAUUCACAAGGCCGGACAGCGCUUCAUAUGGCUGCAGCUAAUGGACAUCUUGGUAUUGUGGAGUAUCUCAUUGGUAGUGGAGUGGAUGUUAAUGCUUCUAAUGUGGAGAAGAAUACCCCUCUUCAUUGGGCUUGUCUCAAUGGUCAUGUUGAGGUAGUUAAAAAAUUGGUUUUAUCAGGAGCAAACGUAAGCCUUCUAAAUAUCCAUGAGCGGACUCCAAUUGAUGAAGCUGUGAGCAUGGGAAAGAUGGAUGUUAUAAAUGCAAUUAAUGUUACAAGUGCAGAAUUGGAGCUUACUGGUAUCAAUGUUUCCUAAAAUUGGACCUUCAUAUUGGAAGCAACAGUUUAUAGUUUGAAAAGUAUGUAUCUUUGCUCAUACAAAUUUAUGAGUUAGUUUAGUUUAUAAUAUAAUUUUCUUCCCGAUCUGGUCCCUGAUAGUAAAAAAAUUUGGUGUUAGUCAUAGUGGCUGUCUUCUGACUUUGCCUAAUUACUUAAUGCUUGGUAGUUCUUUGAUAUGAAA